GCCGGAGACCGGGAGAGAUUCGGAAAGGUCAUCCCGUCCUUCCCCCAGCCUCCGAGCCGCGCCGCCCCUCCCACCCCAAACCCGGACAUACCAGGGAAGGAGUUGGCGCGGCCGCCUUUUCUGCCCCGACAUGCACAGACUCGGGAAGUUCUUCCUGGGGUUUUAUCUCAAAGCCUCUCCCUUCAAUUUGUGUCUCUUUUUGGGGAGGAGGAGGGGCGAUGAUAGAGAUAGCUCAUGUCUGCCGUGUAAGAAACAUUAUUUAAAGUUACUCCUCGGUCCUUUCUGUUCUUGAUAAACAAUUCCGGCACCUUCCUCUCGAAUUCUGUUUUCCAUUCCUGAAGUCACUUUACUGGCUCUUCAAUACAACAAAUAUGUACCGAGUGCUUACGGAGUACCCGGCCCUCUGCUCGGCGCGGUGGGGGAUGAACGGAUGAGGGGGUGUAGCGCCGUCCCUGUAGGAGAUGACAAUCUGGACAGGGGCUAUAUGUUUUUAAGUAGUGUAGUCAGAUCUAAUCAGUAAUUACUGAAUACCUGUUCACAUAUUUAACAGUAUAUAAUCCUUACCAUUACACUCUGAAAUGUUAGGUCGCAUUUAUAGGUAAGGACAACGAGGCUAAAGAGUCUCCUUCCCCUGGCCUGCCAGCUCAGGGAGCCUCAGUGCAAGCCCAGCACCUCACAUUCUGUCAGACCAUCCACCGCUACCAAACAAAGUUAAUACACAGCAGUUCUCAGCCAUUUUAAGUGUGAUUCCCACUCCCCAGGAAAGAAGAGUGGGCACAGUGCUCCAAUGAGCAUAGGCUCGGCACUGAGCAGGGCAUAAGCGGCUCACAAAGAAGGCCGCUUUCCUCACAGAACCCAGCCUCCCGGUACUAACUCCCAAGGGUCUUCUGGCUCAGUCUUCUUUCAUCAUCAAUAAUAAUAAUGAUAAUAGCCACUAGCAUUUAUUGAGCACUUAUGUGCAAGGUGUUGGGCCGAGCUGGUUUAUAUACAUUUUCUCCUAAUACUCAAAGGAACCCUGUGGUAUUAUUAACUUCCCUUUAUAGGUAAGCAAACAAAAGAUUAAGUAACUUGCACAAGGUCAGCCAGGUAGAUCUGGAAUUUGAACAUAGGUCUAGUUGCCUCCAAACCUCAGGCUCUGCAUCAAGAUGGAUCUUUCCUAUUUUUGAUCUCUAAAUAUAUAUUUGGGCCCCGCUGAUUCCGCUUCCUAUUGUAGAAAUAAAUAUCCCCAGCUUAGCUUCUGAAUAAGCCCUUUAGUAUAUGGGCAUCAGGCACCACAGUAUGACCUCAUCAGCGCCACUAAUGGUUACUAAGCACCCACCAUGAGUCAACAACCCUUCACAGUCAUAUUAUUAGCCCCCGUUUUAUAACUCAGUUUGAACAAACAGUGGUUCAAAUAGGUAGAAUAAUGUAUUCAAGGUCACACAGCUAGGAAAGUGGCAGAGCUGAGAUUUUAGUCCAGGUCAGCCUGGCUGCAGGGCUGCAAGGCAACUUGUAUCUGUCAAAAAUAUUAAUUGUUGCAAUAGCAUCCUUCGCAAGACUGACCAUUUGGGGACUCUCUUCUAUACAUGUCUAACUGCCCGUUAUCACUGAGCUAAAAACAAUCCCCACUAUAAUAGGGCACCCCAUCCUCUUUGUCAGUGUCCCAUCCAGAGAAAAUCCUUCAAAAAAGGAAGGAGAGAGGAGAAACCAUUCAGAAAGUGACAGAUAGGAAGCCAAGGGAAUUAAAACUUGCCCGGUUUGGGGACAAAGCUGCAAGUGGUAAUGACAUGGGAACAAUCCAGACAGUAAUGUGGGAUUUCCCUAGGGAACAGCAAGUUAUUUGAGGAGGAAGAAAAGAAAAAGAAAAAGGAGAAAGAUUAGAUGGAAAUGGGGGCGGGGGGCAGAAUUAGGGCCCAGGGUGGUAGCAUCCAUGGGUGAGUGAUCAGAAGAGGAACCCAGGAUGGGCAGAGAUGGAGGCAACAGGAAACAGGAACAAAGCAAGGCAGAGCUGGGCAUCUCGUGGACCGAACAGCAGCUGAUAUCUACCUACGGCCACUUCCUGGAUCCUUAGGCCCUCUUAGGGACCUUUGCCCCACCACACCUCAACCCUGACAGCCUGUCUCAGCCAAGACAAGUCUGUUGUCAGCUCUGAGCCACCAGGCCCCACCAGGAGCUCCAAGCCCAGCUGGGUCCCUUGGAGUAGCUGCUUCAGAGUAGGAAAAAAAUACCAAGCUCAGCAAUCAAGGGAGCCAUGGGGGACAGAGCUGGUCAGCAAGAGCAAGAGAGACCCAGCCCUCGUCUGGAAAAGCUACAGCACUGGGCAAGGCACAGGCAAAGUGGGCACCUCUUGGUGCUGGCGGUGAGCCAACUAUGGCUAGCAGUGGCUGUGGUGCCCUUGGCUGUCUCAGUUGCCUGCCUGAACUCUGCUUGUCACAUGGCCACAGCACUGCCGCUUGGACCUGGAGCAUUGGGUCUCCUCACUGGGAUUGUUACCCUUGAGCUGCGCAGAGCACCCCGCCUUUGGAAGGUGCGCGCCAUGAUGAUAUUCAACACCGUCAAUCUGAUCUUUGGCUUCAUUGUGGUGGUGGUUGAGGUGAUGAAGACAGCCUUGGGGCCUGCAGCACCUGCCUCCUCCAUGGUACCGCUGGAAGGCUUGUUGGUGCUGGAGCUCAGUGCUGAGGCGCUCACCCUAGGAGGAGUGCUGGUCUCAGCGUAUUCCCUACUCCUGCUAAACCAGAGGAAGCCAGGAUGCUGCAGGAGACAGAGUCGGCACUACCAGGAACUGCAGGAGGGUCUCUCUGAGUUGGAGGAAGUUACUGAUUUGGAGAACGGUCCCGCGGUGGCUAGCACAGCAAACCGAACAACUGAAUGAGGCGGCAAGGGAAGCAGACAAGCGCUGCUCUCCUACCCUGCGGGAGCGUUCUCCGGACCCUACUGCACCCCACCAAACUCAGAAAACAGAUGGAGGCCCUGGAGACCUGCAUGCAAUCCAGUGGGAAUACCUUCAAUUUCCACUCAGACUAGCCCCCUUUCUCGUCUAGGGGAAGCUAUACCUAGACCAGAUUCUUCCCUCACCCCAUUGCCCUGAAAAGCUGCCCCCCAGCAGGACAUCCUUAGGUUAACGUUCAGCUUCCCCCCUUCCAUCCUUACCCACCCCCGUCCCAUAUAGCUUCAAAUCUUCCUCAUCUCACUAUGUCCCUUCUUUCCACCUUUCAUAAUCCCAUCCACUCCAAGCCCAGGUUCCCAUACGCGGCGAUUCUCUGAUAUCAGUUCUUGGGCGCUUUAGUUCUCCCCCACCGACUGGUUCCGUACUCCAGCGGAGACUACAAGUCCCAUGAUGCCCCGUACCCCCGCGGCCUGCUGGGAAAUAAAGAGCCUUUUCUCCGCGGUGAGGGCGCUGUGCAUCUGCUGAGUGACGUGAGGAGCAGAAAGUCCGGGCCUAGCCGACUUUCCUCGGACGCGACCACUGGCCCGGCGUUCAGGGAGGAGCCAGGCGGGUUAUUCCGAAAGGGGGCGCCGCUACCCCAACCAGGGCAACUGAGAGCUGACUGUGGCCCCAUGAUCCUCUCUCUGGCAGCUUCGGAAACCCGCAGGCGGUGGGGGAUGGCCCUCGGCAAAGCUGGGGUUCCCCAAAUGCUGUCAUCGCGCCCCCUCUGACGGUGCCCAAGUCUAAAGUCCUGAGACUUGGAGCGCGCGCGAGAAGGGGGUUGGAGAUGAUGAGUCAGAAGCUCAGGGCCCUGCACGCCGCCCUCCCCCGAAGUCUGGCCGCCUGAGAAGGUCCGGCUCCCAGGGCAGACAGGUGGACGGGGCAGGAAGAGGGAGGGGCGCGGCGGCUCGACCUGAGACUUUCCCGCCUCUGCGAGCACGCGGUGGAAGGAGCCCGCUGCCGCCACCCCUUCUCGCCCGGGCGGGAGUGGGAAUGCGCAGGCGCAGCCUCUCGCGGCCCCGCCGACCUUUGAUCCCGGCGGCCGUCUGGUGGCCGGAGCUCGUGUUGCGCGCAACCCCCACCGUUUGUGAACUUUGCAAGUGUGCAAAGAUGACAAGCACAAGUGGGCUUGAGAAAAGCCCAGAAAAACCGGUAGCGGCCCCGGAGUCCUAACCAGGGCAGCUUAUGAGCCCGACUAGAAAUUGCCCAGAGCUGGAGGACUUAAAAGAACUCACCCCACAUUCACAUAGUGCCCGGGAUGGGUGUGCGCCGCACACUCAUUUUUGCUCCCACUUGAGAAGGCUUCUUUCCCUCGGAGAAUGCUGCUUCUCCGAAGUUGGCCAAGCCCAGGCACCAGCGAGGAAAGAGCGCAGCCUGGCUGCCUUGCCCUAACAUUGCAGCGGUGCCAGCGGCAACUCCUUUCUGUUGGUGACACCUUGGGAGUGGUAAUAGGCGCCCUAUGACAAGGUUAUGUGCGUGCUAGUGGGUGGGGAUAGUUCUGGGAUUAGGUUUUGGAACGGAAAAAAGAUCCGGGCCGCUCUCUUCUCUUCCCAGUCCAACUGCCAGAAUAAUGGCAAGCUCAUGUGGGAAGGAUUCAGAAAAUAAUUUUCUUCCAAGUUAGAAGGUGGCGGUGGAUGAGGAAAGUAGGGGUGUAAAAAAAAAAA